CCCGCCCUGGCCCAGGAGUGGCAUGACUAUAAGCUGCGCUGGGAUCCCGCUGACUACGAGAACGUCACCUCCAUCCGCAUUCCCUCUGAGCUCAUCUGGCGACCGGACAUCGUCCUCUACAAUAACGCGGACGGGGACUUUGCGGUCACCCACCUGACCAAGGCCCACCUCUUCCAUGACGGGCGGGUCCAGUGGACACCCCCCGCCAUCUACAAGAGCUCCUGCAGCAUCGACGUCACCUUCUUCCCCUUCGACCAGCAGAACUGCACCAUGAAGUUCGGGUCCUGGACGUACGACAAGGCCAAGAUCGACCUGGUGAGCAUGCACAGUCGUGUGGACCAGCUGGACCUGUGGGAGAGCGGCGAGUGGGUCAUCGUGGACGCUGUGGGCACCUACAACACCCGCAAAUACGAGUGCUGCGCCGAGGUCUACCCGGACAUCACCUACGCCUUCGUCAUCCGGCGCCUGCCCCUCUUCUACACCAUCAACCUCAUCAUCCCCUGCCUGCUCAUCUCCUGCCUCACGGUGCUGGUCUUCUACCUGCCAUCUGAGUGCGGCGAGAAGAUCACGCUCUGCAUCUCUGUGUUGCUCUCGCUCACCGUCUUCCUGCUACUCAUCACGGAGAUCAUCCCCUCCACCUCCCUGGUCAUCCCGCUCAUCGGCGAGUACCUGCUCUUCACCAUGAUCUUCGUCACGCUGUCCAUCGUCAUCACGGUCUUCGUGCUCAACGUGCACCACCGCUCCCCGCGCACACACACCAUGCCCGCCUGGGUGCGCCGGGUCUUCCUGGAUGUGGUGCCCCGCUUGCUCUUCAUGAAGCGGCCGUCUGUGGUCAAGGGCAACUGCAGGCGGCUCAUCGAGUCCGUGCAUAAGAUGGCCGGCGCCCCCGGCUUCUGGCCCGAGCCUGAGGGGGAGCCCAGCUUCGUGGGCGGAGCCCAGAGCCGGGGCCCAUCGCGCUCCCCGUCCUUCUGCAGCCGCCCGGACGAGCCAGCCAAGCCCCAGCCAGCCUGCGAGUCACCCUCGGACCAGGUCCCUGCGUUGCCGCCCUCAGAGGCUGAGAACGGGAGCCCCUGCCCCUCGCCUGACCCCCGCCACCCACCCGCCAGCACCCGGGCCCCAGGGCUCACCAAAGCCCGGUCUCUGAGCGUCCAGCACAUGUCCAGCCCUGCCGAAGCCGUGGAAGACGGUGUUCGAUGCCGGUCUCGGAGCAUCCAGUACUGUGUUCCCCAAGAUGAUGCCGCCUCCCCGGCUGGGGGCCCCGUGGCCGGCUCCCCCCCCUUUCUGAAGGCCGGCUCCGCCGAGCCCCUGCCCCCAGACCAGCCCUCUCCGUGCAAAUGCAGGUGCAAGAAGGAGCCGUCCCCACAUGCCGUGUUCAAACCCCGGGGCACCAAAGUGCCCCCCCCGCAUCUGCCCCUGUCUCCAGCCCUGACGCGGGCGAUCGAGGGUGUCCAGUACAUCGCAGACCAUCUGAAGGCCGAGGACACAGACUUCUCGGUGAAGGAGGAUUGGAAGUACGUGGCCAUGGUCAUCGACCGCAUCUUCCUCUGGGUGUUCAUCAUCGUCUGCCUGCUGGGCACCGCGGGCCUCUUCCUCCCGCCCUGGCUGGCCGGCAUGAUCUAGCGGGAAGGGGCCAGGCACCUGCAGGACACCCGCGGCGUCUAUGGGCCGCUCGCCGGGGCUCUGUGCCUGGCCGUCCAAGGGACUCCUGCAUUCUGUGGGGUCACGUCAUUUGCUAAAUCGUCCCCCCAUUUUCUGUCGACUGCAAGACGGCCUUGGGAAAGGCCACUGCCCCCGGGGGGGGCCGGUGUGGCUCAGCCCUGCUGAGACCUGCCGGGGGGCGGCCGGGCUGGAAAGGACAGCGGGUAAACGCCUGUUCUUGUCUGGAGGGCGGGGUCACUGCCCACAUCUUAUUAAAGUUUAUCUGGAGCAUGGUGACA